AGGAUGGAGGCUGACCUGUCUGGCUUUAAUAUCGAUGCCCCCCGUUGGGACCAGUGCACUUUCCUAGGGCGGGUGAAGCAUUUCUUCAAUGUCACGGACCCCCGCACCGUACUGGUACCAGAGUGGGAGCUGGACUGGGCCAAAGUGAUGGUGGAGAAGAGCAGGAUGGGGACCGUGCCCCCAGGCACGCGAGUGGAGCAGCUGCUCUACGCCAAGAAGCUGUACGACUCGGCCUUCCACCCUGACACCGGGGACAAGAUGAACGUCAUUGGGCGGAUGUCCUUCCAGGUCCCCGGGGGCAUGAUCAUCACGGGCUUCAUGCUCCAGUUCUACAGGACGAUACCGGCAGUGAUCUUCUGGCAGUGGGUGAACCAGUCCUUCAAUGCCUUAGUCAACUACACCAACAGGAAUGCAGCUUCCCCCACGUCGGUCAGGCAGAUGGCCGUUUCCUACAUCACUGCCACAACCGCUGCCGUGACCACUGCUGUGGGCAUGAACAUGUUGACAAAGAGAGCCCCGCCCCUGGUGGGCCGCUGGGUGCCCUUUGCCGCUGUGGCUGCGGCUAACUGUGUCAACAUCCCAAUGAUGCGACAGCAGGAACUCAUCCAGGGCAUCUGCGUGAAGGACAGGAACCACAAUGAGAUUGGUCAUUCCCGGAGAGCUGCGGCCAUAGGCAUCACCCAAGUGGUUAUUUCUCGGAUCACCAUGGCAGCCCCUGGCAUGAUCCUGCUGCCGGUCGUCAUGGAAAGGCUGGAGAAACUGCGCUGCAUGAAGAGAAUCCGGGUGCUGCACGCCCCAUUGCAGGUUCUGCUGUCCGGGUGUUUCCUCAUCUUCAUGGUGCCAGUGGCAUGUGGGCUGUUCCCGCAGACAUGUGAAUUGCCAGUUUCCUAUCUGGAACCAGAGCUCCAAGACACUAUCAAGGCCAAGUGUGGAGAACCUGUGCCUUAUGUCUACUUCAAUAAGGGUCUCUAAAUGCCCCACCCCAGCAAGGACCAGUCCAUACCCAUAUUUACCAGCUCCUCCUUAGCCACUGUGGAUUCCUGUGCCUCAUUCCUCUUUGCCAACAGGGCCUGUAGGCCAGGGUGGGUUUUGGGGGAUGAGGGUGGGGGUGGGAGGAUGCAUCAUGCUUCUACCCAGGCACCUGGGUUUAUUGGACUCCAGGGGAUAAACGUGAACAAGGGGAGAGAGGCCAAGUCUUCUAUCUGCUCUCCCCUAACCCCUGUCCCCUGGAGACCAGGAGCUGAGACCCUCUCAGGGAGAAGGUGCUGGGACCUGGGGGUGACACUCAAGCAAACCAUUUGGAAAAAUUAGGAAACCUUUAGGAUUCUGGUUCCAGCCAGGAUUGAGGAAGGGCCCCUCUUCUCUUCCUCCUCAUUGGCUCUCAGGCAAGGGAACCUUCCACCUGUGUAGUUCUGGCUCCUUCAGGAAGCGGGAGGGAAGAGGCCAGGUCACCUUGGGGCUCCUCUUUGCUCUUCCCCACUCUCCUCCCCAGGGCCCCCUGGUCAGAAAGCUUCUCUGGGAGUCUUGCUAAACUUGAAUUUAUCAGGCACCCAGGAGUUUUAGUGCAAAAAAAAAAAAGGGCAUUGUGUGAGGCAGCAGAGUUUUGUGGUGCUUCAAGCCCUACCUGUUGACAUUGGCUUUGUUCUCCUGCCCCAAAAAUCAUAUCUGAUUCUAUUUCUCUGUGUCUAAAAGAUAAAUCCACUGACUGUGAGUAAAAAGGAUGUAGAUAGGCAUUAACUGCACAUGUUAGUGGGUAUAGUUUCCUGGCUACCUCCCUUCCUCAGCCCAUUGGGUUAAACACCAAAGAAAGACUGGUGUGUACUGAAUAGGAAAGGGAAGUUUUAUUUGGAUGCCUCUGAGAGGAAAUCAACCAGGACCAAAGAGCCUUAAAGGACACACAGCAAAGCGCAGCCGCUCGCCCUUCCCAGCCUGGCUGCUCUAGGUGAUUUCUCAGGCCCUUGGGGGAGAGGGGGCUGUUGUGGCUGACCUGGGGCCAUGUCUGUAUGAGUUUUGUGUAGUCGAAUUUACUGACUGAUCAAAGGAUAUCACUGUGAAUUGAAUGCAUUUCUUGAAAGAGCACAGUGAACUGUCUGCACACUGAGUUAAUAAAGCCUGGAUGGAAAGCAG